AUGGCCUUCCAACAUUUCGCCAAAGCCCAGUCUACCUUCAACAUCCCACUUUUGGCUGGGGAUAAUGCCUAUCUUGGAGAUGUUUUCUCCAGUGACGACACGAACCCAGAGAAGCCAGUCUCGGCCGGCCUUUUCCGCCUCAAGAAAGGAGAGCCUCUCACCUAUACCUACAAAUAUGACGAAAUGAAGAUCAUUCUCGAGGGAGACUACACGAUAGCCGACGCGACCGGACAGAAGGUUGAAGCGAAGCCUGGCGACGUCUUUUACUUUCCUGCUGGCUCGACAAUUACCUUCACGACAACCGACUACGGCCUGGCUUUCUACGUCGGUCAGCGUAAGAAGAACGACUUUUAA